CAACAUCUUGGGGACGAUGCUGAGGGUAUUGCCGGCAGAGCUGGCUUUAAGCUACAGUAUGCUGUUGCUGUCUGUGAUCCUCAGAGCCUAGCCAAAUCACCUCUAUUGCCGUAGCAAACCUUCUGGAAGUGAACCCAUGUGGUGGGAGACUGCAUCCGGACUGUGUUUUGAAAUGGGAGGUAGAGAGGAUGGAUUGCCUUUAAUUCAUGCCUGAAAAAUGUAUUCUUGGGAUGACUAAAGAGGAACUGCUUCUUAAGAACACACCUGACCUUUUAGCUCAGGUUGGUCUGUGACUCCCCCUCCCCUCCACCAUUCACCUCUAGAGUGAAUAGCCUACCCCUCUUGUAUUCCCAUGGAAGGAGCUGAGUAUAUAUAAUAUUAGGAGUACAUCCAGAAGUCUUUGAGGAGGGGGAUGGCUCUUCAUAUUCAUGAAGCUUGCAUACUUCUAUUGGUCAUCCCUGGAUUGGUCACCUCUGCCGCCAUCAGUCAUGAAGACUAUCCUGCUGAUGAAGAUGGACCUGUUUGCGACCAGCCAGAAUGCCCUAAAAUUCACCCAAAGUGUACUAAAGUGGAACACAAUGGAUGCUGUCCAGAAUGCAAAGAAGUGAAGAACUUUUGUGAAUACCAUGGAAAAAAUUACAAAGUCUUGGAGGAAUUUAAGCCCUCUCCAUGUGAAUGGUGUCGCUGUGAGCCCAGCAAUGAAGUUCACUGUGUUGUAGCAGACUGCGCAGUUCCUGAAUGUGUCAACCCAGUCUAUGAACCAGAACAAUGUUGUCCUGUCUGCAAAAAUGGUCCCAACUGCUUUGCAGGAACUACAAUAAUUCCGGCUGGCAUUGAAGUGAAAGUGGACGAAUGCAACAUCUGUCACUGUCACAACGGAGACUGGUGGAAGCCUGCUCAGUGCUCAAAGCGCGAAUGCCAAGGCAAGCAGACUGUGUAGGACAAAUUCCCAAGUAAUGACAGCGUUCUUAGGAGGGGACACUAUGGCUGCCACACUGCACAUGUUGAACACAACACAACACAAACCAACAAACUCCUGCCAGCUACAACAGGGUCACCAGCAAAACCUUUUAGGAUUGACAAAAGUGAAUAUUUUACUAAGGGGGGAUAUCUCCCCUUCCCUCUUGCUAUAUAAAAUAUAUAUAGUAUAUAGCUACCCAAACGGCUUUUGUAUUACCACUGCUUGAUGGUGACUUGAUGACCA